AUGCCCGACGAUAACAGCUGCCUCUUCACCGCGGUCGGCGGCGCCCUUCGCGGCCUGCGCUCCGGCCCCGACGAGUCCUUCAGCGCAGAUUCCCUGCGACGGCUAGUCGUCGAGCACAUCCGCGCCAACCCCGAGAAAUACAGCGCCGUGAUCCUCGGCAAGCAACCCUCGUCCUACUGCGCCAACAUGCUGCAGCGCGACACCUGGGGCGGCGAGAUCGAGCUCGCCAUCAUCUCGGAAGUCUUCCAGCUGGAGAUCUGCGUUAUUGACGUCAAGACGGGCACCGUGUACCGCGUCGGCGAGGGCAACGGGUACCCCAUGCGCUGCGUCCUGGUCUACUCCAACGUGCACUACGACCGCGUCGCCGAGAUCUUCGUCGAGGGCCAGGAGGUCAUGGAGUUCGACGUGACGCGCUGGGCCGCCGACGAAAGCAGCGAUCAUAUCAUCGCGCACGCGCAGGAGAUGUGCCGGAAGCUGAAAGACGAACACCAUUACUACACGGAUAUGUCCGACUUCGUCAUCAUGUGCAACGAAUGCGGCUGGAUCGGUCAAGGGCAGACAGCGCUUGCGAAGCACUCACUGAGCACCGGACACAAGGAUAUCAGCGAGAUCAAGGAUACCGGUGCAUAG